AUGAUACAUGCUAUCUUUCAGUGCGAGGGUUUGUUUUUGUGCACCACCAAAGACAAAAGAAUCGUGGUUUGGAACCCUUGUACUGGUCAAACCAGGUGGAUCCGGAUCCAACCCAGGAAUGAUGAUCACUUAGCUUACGAUUCGUAUGCUCUAGGGUACGGAAACAACAAGAACAAAUAUUCUUGCGAUAGCUUCAAAAUCUUGAGGUGUAGAACGCAUAAAAACAACAACCUGGGAAUCUGGGUUAUGGAGUUUGAGUUGUAUUAUUUUAACACUGAUUCAUGGAGACUUCUUGAUGAAGACGCUCAAAGAAAUUUAACAGUUUCCUGGCGCUGGAUGAUAACUAGUCAUGGCGUGUCUUUGAAGGGAAAUACUUACUGGGUUGCUUGGGAUAAAAAAGAACCUAACGAUAUUCAAUUCUUGCUCAGGUUUGAUUUCAAAAGAGAGAGAUUUGAACAUUUUUCUCUUCCGUUUAGUGGUUCCGGAACUAUGUUUCUCUCGGUGGUUAGAGAAGAGAAACUUGCUGUGCUACUUGAUAGGCCCAAUUUUGAUUCGUCGAGAGAGAUGAAGAUAUGGGUGACCGACACUAAGAUCGAUGAGGCCGUCACAGAUAUGGAAUAUGUCUUAGUAGUGGAUUUCAGUAGAGUUUUGAGAAGAGGUAUGACCGUGGUGAGCUUCUUGGUCGACGAGGAGAAUGAAAGAGUCGUGUGUAGUGGUAGAGACACCAAAAAGGGAAACAAGAACGUAAUUUACAUUGUUGGAGGAGACGGGAACCAUAAACACUCGUGUAAACAAAUUCUUGGAGAGAUUGCACAAGGACCAGCUGAUGACUGUUGGCCGUUUCUUGACAGUUAUGUUCCAAGUUCGGUUCAAAUUCAGCAAGUAGAGGCAGCAAAUGCAAAAGGUGAUUGA